AUAUUCCGCAAAGAAAGCAAAACCCAGUAGAAAAACAGCUUGCAGUAGUUUUAUAUAGAUUAGGUGGAAAGGCGACAAUCUGGGAUAUCUGUUCUAAAUUUGGAAUUGCAGAGGGUACUGUUCCGUUAUUUACAUCUAGAAUUAUUAAGACUUUAAAAAAUUUAAAAGAAGAUUUUAUUAUUUGGCCACGUGCAUCAGUUCAUGAUGCAAAAGUAUUCCGAAAUUCUAGUUUAUAUCGUUACAGAAAUCAGCUUUUUGAAGAAUCUGAUUAUGUAUUAGCUGAUUCAGCAUAUCCGAUUUCAUUAAAUAUAAUACCUUCAUUUAAAAAUCCCUCAGGCUUAGAUAAAACUAAGCAAAUUGCAUUUAAUAAAAAACAUAGCAAAUCUCGUGUUGUAGUAGAGCAAGCAUUCGGUCGAUUGAAAAGUAGAUUUCAGUUAUUAAAAGAACUAAGAACAAAAAGUACCAAAAUAGCAACUGAUUUAAUUGAAAUUUCAUUAAUAUUACAUAAUAUUUUAGAAAAGAGCGGGGAUGAGUGGGAGGAACCUUCAGAGCAAAUAUUAUUGUAUAGAAUGCAAUUUGAUGCUAGUCAUAAUACACGAAGAACUCAGGCAAUUAAGGAAGCAGGAAAUAUCAAAAGACAAAAUUUAAUGGAUAUUGUAAUAAGCUAA